CCCCCCCCCCCCCCCCCCCCCCAAUGAUAAGGAAUAAGCUUUGCAAGGAAGGCCGGCUACCUACGGAGGGUAUAGCCCUAGAAUUCGAGUCCUGGUACUGUUACAUGUGCUGGAGUUUUCGGUGGUGUAUGACCCUCGGUGCGGAGGUUAACGAGAGCAUUAUCGGUCUAGAUCUCAAGUCGAGCCAACGAGCUCAUUAUUCCCGUCCCAGAAGUCAGGAACUUAGUCGGUGUAGUGCAAAUUAAGUGUGUGUUUGUCAAAACUAACUGGUUUUUUAUGGUGAUGAUCCCAAACCAUGAAGGAGGUCGUUACCACCAGUAUCGGACUGAGUCUUCGUUUAAGUGAACCUAUCAUAGUAGAUUAAUAGUAUUUAACUUUUGAGCAAAGGGAGUGGAUUUGAGUUGUCUACAUAGAAAGCUCCAGGAACUCUAGGUAUUUGUCCAAAUUAUAAACCUGGGGUCCACGCUAAUUCAUGUGUGGGGGGCCUCAUCCCCCAGGCUGAGCAGAAUUGCGCAUUGUAAAAAUUACAAGACGCUCAGGUGGUCUCGUUUACCCUCUUUUGUGCCAAAUAGUAGCUGGUGUGCUAUAGCUAGUUGAAUACAAUA